CCGCAAUACAGUUAUUAUGUUGUUAAUGCCAUCCGUCAGGAUAAACGAUCGAAAAAUGCGCAGAAUGGUCAAUCCAAGCUCAGUGUGUCUCCCUUGCCACCUGUCGUCAAAACUAGCGCACCGCUUUUGCGUAGCACAUCACCCCCCAAAAAUGGCAGUAUUUCGAGCAUUCCGAUUUUUCUUCGCUGUGAUCAACCCCGUACACAUAUUUCCACAAAUGUCUUGCCUAAAUUAUCUCAAACUCCUAUUUUACCAGUACGACCACUAUCACCUGUUAGUGUUUUGCAGCCGUCUUUACCGGCGCAUUCCGGAAAAAUAAAUCUCGAUCGGACAACAAAUGGACUUAAUCAUGUUGCGAGAUACAAGGAGAUUAUUUUGCAGAAACGGAAGGAAGUGCAACAGCUGCACAGAGAUGUACAGCAGCUUCGCUCCGAACGAAAUACGUACAAAGACACCCUCAGUGAACUGAAUAAGACGAGGUUAGCGGAUUUGAGAUUUUUAUCGGAAAUAAACGGCACGGUACGAAAGAAACGGCAUGAGGUGGAUGAAUUGAGGACGAGAAUUAACAACAUCGCAACAGUUUGUUCUACAUGGGAUAGCGAUGUGAUGCAGAAGCAGCAUUUGCUGACAGAAUUGCGUGCUGCUAAUGAUGAGCUCCGGUCAAGUGAACCUGUGAGGCGAACAUCGUUUUCAACGCUGGACAGCCACAUUGCACAAACGCUGGGCCGUCUGGAGCGCUCAAGAAAUGUUGCGGCCUCUAAUGAAGUGAGUAUUGAACUGCUUGGAAAAACAAUGAGAGAUAAAAUGGGCUAUAUUCGUUCGUUGGUUCAGCAAGGUGCCAAACAGAUUUCAGUAAACCGGGAAUUGUGUCAGGCUUUCGAAGAAAAGCGAACUCUGAUCGAGAAUCUGAACACAGCCACCACUUCCGGAAGUUCGUAUUCUGUAAUCGCGGAAGACGAAGAGACGUUACUGGCCAUCGCAUCCUACACCGGAGAAACUGCGAAUGAGCUUUCCUUUGUAGAAGGAGAUAUUAUUCGGGCUACAGAAAAGCACACUGAUGGAUGGUGGUUAGGAGAGAAUUCCCUCGGCAACACAGGUUAUUUUCCAGCUAAUUUCUGUCAGCCUUUGAAAAAUCGCGAUCGCCGCGAAUCUGUAUCUGAGUUGGUGAAGGAAGAGAACGUUCGUUCGGCACUAGCUCUUUAUCCCUAUGCCGCCCAAAAUUCGGAUGAACUAUCGUUUAAUCAGCACGAACUUAUUGACAUAAUCCCGGCUGAUGGGCUCGAUAAUGACUGGUACAUGGGACGCAGUCGAACCGGAGAACGCGGGUUGGUUCCGGCUAAUUAUUUGAGGCUUAAUUCUGAGAUGGAGAAACAACCUGACGCCGAACCGGCGCCGCCCGUGGUAAAAGUGAGUCCGAAACGUCAGUUGGCCGUUCGGGAGCUGAUUGGCACCGAGGAAAAAUACUUGAACCUAAUAACCGCGGUGGUGCAAGUUUAUUCCUUUGCUCUGAAAAAACGCCACGCCUCUACUGAGGAUGAACUGAGUGCUUAUAUAACAAUGCAUACUUGUUUGAUUCAUGGUGGUUGUUUUGUCUUUGCAGCAAUUGUUUUCGGUGUGGGCGAUAUCAUCGACUGCACCGCUACCUUGGUCAAGGCGUUCAAUGUACGCAGCAAACUGACAGAAGACGGAGCACUGGAGACUGUCGGGGAUAUUCUGUGCGAAUAUUUAACCAACAUCACCCCAUACAUGAAUUUCUGCAGCAGUCAAGUAAAAAUGGGUGAAUUAAUCCGAGAAAAAACAGAAGCAAACCCGACUUUUGCGGAAGUGAUUCGGCAAUGUUCGCAGGAUCUUCACAUGCAGGGCCUUCCCUUAGCGGCAGCUUAUAUGAAGCCCAUGCAGCGGAUGACGCAGUAUCCAUUGUUAAUCAAACGCAUCUUAGAUUUAACACCCGAACAUCAUCCAGAUUGUGCUGAUCUCAAGGAAGCGCUACGGAAAAGCGAACUGCUCUGUGACCGGGUGAAUGAAGGAGUGCGCGCAACAGAAUUAACGGAACGCUUAGACUGGUUGGAUAAACAAGUCAACAUGGAUAGCUUUGCGGAAAAUCUCCAGUUUACUUCGCAGACUAAUUUCAUGGGGCCUCGGUCGCUCGUUUAUGCCGGAAGUCUUUUGAAGGCAAAAAGCGGCCGAGAAUUGGUUGGAUUUUUAUUCAACGAUUUUCUUUUGACUACACCACCACGCCCGUUGGUGGACAGUCUGGGAAAUUUUACGUUUGAAAAGCGCCAGUGGACAACCUGCAUGCUGAAACUGUACAAAAAGCCGUUGUUGUUGUCCGGUUGCAAAGUGGCUUUAUUACCGGAUGAAAACACGUUUGCCUUAUCGUUUCCCCAUUCCGUCAGUAUCUUGCUAAAAGCCCCCACCGCGAACGAGUGUAAAUCUUGGAAUAAACAUUUUCAGAAAGCCGUUACUGAUUUCAGCGAAAUGGAAAAGCAGAUUAAUUCACCAAGAAAUCGUUCUAUCAAGUUACAUACUCCCGUGGGGUGUUGCCGACUUAUCCUGGUGGAAGGAAUAGACCUGUGUCCAAGUGCUCGAAAAGUACAUUGUGAUGCAUUUUGCAAAUAUCUGUGGGAUCACAAGAACAGCGUUUUUGACUACAAUUCCUUCGCUGCCAACGGAUUUCUAGGGCGGACAGAAUUGAGACUGAAAAAUAUGCACAAGCAAACAAAAGGCUCGAAUAUGGCAAGAAGCAGAAAUCUGGUGUUGCAGGAAGUGAUGUCGGGUGAACUAGUCGUCAAAAUCGAUAUACAGUUAUUCCCACCCGAGUCUUCUGUGCUUCCCGCGGUGAUGCCCUUAAUGACUAUGCAUUAGUCUGUGAUUUUUACUGUACAGUUUGCAGUUUUUUGUGUUGAUUUUGCUUUUGUAGUCAGAUGACCAUGCCAAUAAAAUUCCAUGGGUUU